CCAUUUCUCACCACAAACAAUACAUUGAAUGGCGACUACGAUGAGACCCGGUUCUUCAUCCUCCACCGGAGGAGGUGAUCCUACAGAGAAGCAGAGGCAGCUGGACCGAGACAUCAAAGAUAUGAUCUCCACAUUGACCACUCGUCUGUCUGACGUCCAAGGAGGUGGCGAUCCUUCUGACGAUGAUCAACGUGGAUCCAGAAUCAUCACUCUUGCUGGAACCAAUGUCGGAGCCACCAUGAAAGGCCAGCAGCAGGAGACCGAGAAGCAAUUCCGUCGACUAGACGGGCAAGACAAUCAGGAUGAGGAUGAUAACGAAGAUGGCCACACUUCCAGGACAUUGGUCAAUAGUAAUUUUCAGGCUAUCAACAACUCGAUCAUGAUGGGUGGGAGUUACUCGGCCAAUGAUCCAGGAGUCCAUAUCGAAGUCACCGACUAUCUCCCACAACUUAAAGUUAAAGAAAAGAAGGAUAAGAAGAAAAGCGAGAAAGUCGGUGAAGAGCAUCCUUGAACUUAAAUUUAGACGUUUGAUGACAUUGAAGGGUUAUCAUCGUGGCAUUAGCGCCUACAAAUAAAAUCAAUCUUUUGUUUGUUCCCCUGUUUAUUCAACCAAUCCUACAUACUUGUAUUGUGAUGCUGAUUGUCUUUCUGUUGUCUGUUUGUUCCCUUGUACUUUGCUUAUUACUAUUGUUUAUAUAAUUGGAAAUGAACUAUUUAACUC